GCUGCAGCAGUAAACACGACGCACAAGUCAAGAACGCAAGAGACCAGGAUGAGUCUUAUUUGCAAGAGUGACAUCACGACAAAGAUCCCCGAUAUAGCCUGUAACAGACUGCUAGGGCGUGUGCUCUCCGCGGGUGCUUAUAAAGGCCAGCACCGCGCACACGAUGAGUUGGUGUGGCUAGCACCGUGCCCGGCAACCUUUGUCUCCCCAAUAAUGAUGGUCUCGCACCGCACCAGGUGCUAUUUCAAGGCUGAGCUGACAUUGGGGAGGUCCAGGACCGGUGCAGACUAUCAUCAUCGAUGUUGGCUGUUAGCGGGAAUUGAGCUCAGGAUAUCGGAUGUCCGCGAAAAUUAAGUUAUUUGCCCAGAUAUCAAGGUUUUCCAAGACACCACUCAAUUAGCCAUAGAACGAUUGACCUGUCCCCCCAACAACUGUCACGAAUCGAGAUCACAAUUGAUUUCAGUGAUUUAAACCAAGUCUCGUUAUUUACGUACCGAUUGUAUUGUUUCCCAUGUUCUUCUAUAUCGCUGGUAGAGUUUUGUUCAUUCCAUUAAGCCUACGUUUCACAACUAUAAAGACACGGUGAUGCCUUUGGCAGGCCUUCAGCGGUGGAUAGACGAUGGCUUAUGAUGAUAAUGAACAUUGCAAUGUGUAGUCCUGGCCACGUGAGCAUGCAUGUGCCGGGAUCUCGGUUCGACUCGGCUAAACUCGGGUUACACACAUGUCAGAGGUCACGGUGAGCCAUCUUCCUACGGGACCGUGCUGGCACAAACCUUGCGGCUUGCUCGCUGCUGGCCACUUAUGAACCCAGCGCCAAUAAAAAAAAAACUCUUCAUCCCCCCAUGGCCCAUUUCCCAGCAGCCGAAGCCAGGCUGUUUAUCACAUGGUUCAGAAGUUUGGUGGGCGGUUGUUAUUUGUCCCAUGUUACGUAAAAUGUUUUUUAUAAAUGUGUUGUGCAUAUGUCUGUGUGUGAUUGUGUGUGUACGAUGGGCCUCUUUGGAGUCUCGUGAAGGGCGCUACUGGGCAGUUGAUGCUAUCGCCCCCCCCUCCCCCCAGCAACAACAGAAGGCGGCGGAGCGAAGCUCACAACAACUAACUGAGCGCCAGGUGGCUAAAACGCAGCAAGUUGACAAGAGUAGGCAGCACAGAUGAAAAUAAAUAAAUGAACUUCGACAGAAUCACCUGAAAAAUGCGUCAAGUCUCAUCAGAUCUCAGAAGCUAAGCAGGGAUGGAGGUGGGGCCGCGGGGCGGCCUCUGGGACGUGUUCUCCGCGUGCGACGAAGACGGAGAUGGCUGGGUGGACGUGGGGCACUUCGUGAGACUCGCGGCGUCUCACCUGCCCAGCGAGCAGGAGGCGGUUGCCCUGGGGAGGCUGCUGGACCCCAAGGGGCUGGGCUUGAUCGACUUCGACGCCUUCUGCCGCGGGGUCUCCGCGUUCGGAGGAGCAGGUGGAACCGCACAUCUGGCAGAUAAGGAGCAUCAUGAUGGGGAUGACGAGGAUUGUGAUCAUGGCGAUGAUGAUGAUGAUGGUCGACGUGAUGGCUACAACGGGGGCCUUGGCCCGGACUGGGAUGAGGUGGGGGAAGUCACGGACAGCGCGUACCUGGGCUCGGAGAGUGCGCCCAGCGAGACGGAGACGCUACCCGACGAGGAGACGAGCGUCACAACUCGGGAGCAGCACCAGCAGUGGCAGCAGUGGGAGGUCGCUCCCUCUCCUGAGGAGCAUCCGAAGGAUCACGACCGCCGUCCGCGGCACAGCCGCAAGGCGGCGAGCGCCGAGUCCGGAGCCCCCGCCGACCUGGGAGACGCCUUCGAGUCCAGAGCCCCCGCCGACCUGGGAGACGCCUUCGAGUCCAGAGCCCCCGCCGACCUGGGAGACGCCUUCGAGUCCAGAGCCCCCGCCGACCUGGGAGACGCCUUCGGCUACCUGCAGAUGGGUGGCGAAUCCGCCUCGCCCUCGCACGCGGAGCUUGGACUCCCGGGGGCGGAGGAGGAGGAGGGGGGCGCGGGCCCCGUCUGCGGGGACCGGCCCCGACACGGUGGAACGCCGGGGCCCGACGCGACCGCCUCCACCCCGCCGGGGUCGGGGAGCCAACCCGGCGUUGGCGCUCGCGUCGGUCGCGGCGACCUCCCAGGCCGCCACGCGCCGGACGCAGGUUACUUGUCGAGGGCUUCGUCCGCCGCCGCGGUCGAUGGCAGCCGCGAUGUGCCGGGCGGGCGCGGCGUGGGGGGCGAGGCGCCGCUCCCCUCUGAUGCAAGUCAAUCGACCGAACCCACGGGCAGCAGCGAUCGCCGCCGGCGAGACGCGACGGGAGAUUUGGGCGAAGGAGAGGAUUCUCCGAGAGCCGUCGGUCGCGGUGACCUCCCAGAGGCCUGGUUCGAGUCUGGUUCCCGCCAGGGUCUUCGGAACUCGCCCCGCAUUGGCGAUGGAGGUCAGCCGCGGACGUCCGGCAGAGGACGGGACCCGGACGGUGCCCAGGACGGAGGCGCCAGCGCCGGCGACUUUUCUGAAGUUGGCGCGGGGGCUGCGCCCUCUGAAACGCGCGGUCUCAAUCACGCAAGCGACCACCGCCGCCAUUACCACCACGCAGUGCCGGGGCAUCGCGAGGAGGACCAAGAGUGGGGGAGAUCCGACGGGACCGGUCCAGAGCCGAACCCAGCGGUGAACGGAGUGGAGGAGUUUGAGGAAAGCGGCGACGGUGAGGAGGCGACGGCGGCGGCGGUGAGGGCACCUCGGAGACACGACCUCUCCGCCAGCGACACCUGGUCGCUCCGGGCGCCGUCCUACGGCUCGCGGUUCUCCACCUCCAGUCCGGCCAGCGCGGGGGAGCCGGGCGGGAGGCAGGGGGCGAGGGGCGAGGAUGGCGACGAGGGCGAGGGCUCCUACUGCCUCUGCUGCCGACAGAGGAUCGCUCGGCUCAAGGAGCUCGACAGGAGACUCACUCAGCUGCACCUCACCGGACCGAGGCAGAGGAUAUCCACGAAAGCGUUUGCGAGGCGUCUGCAGCCCGGGGGACACAGGAAGUCGGCGAGCUGCAGCAAUCAGGAGGACUUCUUUGGGGAAAGCCCAGACACGGGGAGUGAGGUCAACCAAAGGAUGAGCUUGCUGGAGAGCAAGGUGCUGGAGCUGGAGAGUGACUCGGUCAUCACGUGCGACCUGCAGACGCAGAUUAAGCAAGAGAACACGACUCUCAUCCACAGGAUAAACGAGCUGGAGGAUCGUCUGCGGGAGACGGAGGUGCGCUCGGAGCUGCGCUCGCACGAGGUGUCACUCCGCCACCAGGAGGUGCUCGCCAGGGUGGAGCGCCACAAGCUGUCGGAGCUGGAGGCACUGCGGGCGCGGCUACUGCAGGUGGAAGAAGAGGGUUCUGCUCUGAAAGCGACCGUCGCGCAUCUGAAAACACUGGCACACAGACUGACGGAGGAGAAGGAGGCACUGGCGGAGCGGCUGGAGGAGUCCGUGUGCCGUCUGUCCGAGGAGGUGACGCUCGGCCGCACGCUCGCCGACAAACUGCGGCAGGACGAGCAGCGCUUCCAGCACGAGCACGUGGCCACACACGAGCUGAUCGAGGAGCUGCGGCGGGAGCUGGAGGGGCUGCAGCUGCUGCGGCUGGAGGCAGAGCGGGGCACGGCGCUGGGAGGAGCGCGCAGGAGGCUCGGAUCCAGCACGGGCCUGCAGGAGUACCAGGCGCGUACCCGCGAGGUGGAGCUGGAGCACGAAGUGCGGCGCCUUCGGCAGGAACGCCAGCGUCUGCAGGAGCAGAACGAGGACCUGAGCGGACAAAUCAUCAGCACGAGUCUGCAGGGAGCCAAGAGCCUCUUGUCAGUGCCCACGCGCUCACAGGCGCUGGCGAGCAACCCUGACGGUGCUACUCACGAAGAGGUGGUGGCGGCACUGCACGAAGUCGAGGAGAUCAACGACCAGCUGCGGCAGUACAUGGACCGCGUCAUCCUCGCCAUCCUCGAGACCAACCCCUCCAUCCUGGAGGUCAAGCCCUGAGUGCGCGGCGCGCCGGGUGGCCACUCCGGCACCGCCGACCUGGAGUCGAACGGGGGAAUCCGAGGUCACGACCGGCUCUUGUAGACGCACUCCGUGUGUCCCGUGCUGCGUGGCACGAGCUUGAAGUUUUGUGGGUGGGAGAGACGCGACGACUUUUAAAAUGGGGGGGGGCGGGCGUUCCGCGUGAGUUCACUGACGACGUCACCGCUCUGAGGAGUUGAGACCCAGGCGUGCGACGAUUCGUGCAUUGGAAUCGAUUCGCAAACUGACGGCGCACGCGUCGAAGCGUUCGUCCUCCUUAAUCGUUUACUAUUCACGCAAAUUGUGCGUCUGCGCUACCUGCCGAUAUUAUAUAUGCUUUUAUGGUGUGCACAAAACUUUAAAAGCAAGAGGGAGCAAACCACAAACAAUACAAAUGAGAGAGGACCCUCCAGACAGAAUUAAUCCAUUGCUGAAUUGAACUGAAUGGUACUUGCCGACGUAUAAUGUACGAAAGAGACAUUACCGUGACGGUGAACGGAGCACCAUGAUGGUUCUCUUGAUCGUAACUUCAUAGUUUUUAUCGAAUUAAAAAAAGUAUCUUGCUGCGUAUGUGACAGCCCUGGACGCGCAGCACAGGUGUGCAUCCACAAGAUCAGAGUGGUUUGUGUUUUGGAAAGGGAGGAGUUGGGGUGGGGGGGGGCUGCAUCUUCCCUUCAGCGCUGGAGGUAGUGACGGUCACUUAAAUGUCACCAGUGGAAUCCCCAGUACCCCCCCCCCCCCGGAGUCACGUGACGUCACGCACGGCUCCCGUUGUGUGCCGACGGCAUUCCCGGCCGCGUGGACGAUGGAUGACCGCAGCGCAGUGAGACGCCUGCGGCCUGGGCUGUCGGAUGGGCGGCUCAAGCGGUCAGAACUAAGGCACCAGCCCGAAGCCCGAACCACGGACACCCAACGUUCAGGAACGUGAGCGAGCGGGCUUGUGUUCGCGUUGGAUGCAGCUGCUGCUGCUGCUGGUGCUUACAGGGAUUUCGUCUCUUCCACUCCUCGACACUUCCGGUCGUGUCUGGAAGACCGACGCAAGAUGCUGUAUUUCGGUGGGGGGAGGGAGGGGGUGGCGAGUGGGGGAUGGGGGGAGAGUUGUACGUAAAAACUUUGCAGUUCGGUGCCCUGCAUAUUUUCUCGCCGGUUCACCGACCCUCGUGGAAUUGGAAGCGCGAAUGAGAUUAACGAGGUCGGUAUGACGGCAGAAUGAGUGGGGGCAAGCAAGUAAAUAAAAAUCAAACCACUCGCCAGUCAUGUUAGGCUAAUGCACUGCGUUACGGGUAGCUGUGCACUUCGUACACGUGGUUCAAGGAAUGUACAUUUUGUUUUUGUAAAAUGUCGGGAUUUUGUCGUUGCGGAAUUGCAAAUAUUUUUAAAAGGGAUCGUCUUGUGUGUGUGUGUGUGGGGGGGGGGUGUAGAUGGACUACAAAUGUGUUGGGGUGCACGAGACCCCCCUUCCAAUCCCACACCAACCCUUUCCAUACCACUGAGCCCCCCUCCCCAUCACCUUGAGUCUCCAAAGGAGGGGGGUGGGGAGUCAGAAUAAACCCGACGCUUUCCACA